ACAUGAGUCAGUUGCUGGGUAGUCAGGACUGUAUCGAAAGCCUCCGAAAAGACCUGGUUGACCUUCAGGGAGCGAUUCUGGACGUGUUUUCUCGAACCGGACCGCUCCGCUUUUCUUCCUGGAAGUUCCCGGACAAACACUCCUGUAAUCUAGACAUGGUAGCUCUGCUAGAACAGUAUGACUUUGUGGAUGGGGAAGAUGCGUUCAAUCAGCACUCCCACAUUGUUUUACUGGAGUUGGUGGUUGACAGGUAA